AUGCGCUUCCUCCGUUCCCUCCUGGCCGUGACCUCCCUCUUGGGGGCUGGUUCACUGGCAGCCAAGAAGACCUCCGAAGAGCGCUUUAAAGAAUUCCACACCAAGGCCCUCACUUCUUCUCCGAUCAAGCUUGCCGAUACAAGCUAUAAGUCUCUGACCACUUCGCCCCGCGAUUACACAGUCGCUGUUCUUCUCACUGCUCUCGAGUCGCGAUUCGGCUGCCAAUUGUGCCGCGAGUUCCAGCCGGAAUGGGAUCUUCUCGGCAAGUCUUGGACUAAGGGCGACAAGAAGGGCGAGUCUCGCAUGCUUUUUGGCACCCUUGACUUCUCUGAUGGCCGUGAGAUCUUCAUGUCGCUCGGUCUCCAAACCGCUCCCGUUCUCCUCUUGUUCCAGCCCACCGUUGGGCCUCACGCUGUCUCUGGCCAAGAGCCUCUGCAGUACGACUUCACGAGCGGACCCCAAUCCGCUGAACAAGUCCACGCCUGGCUCUCGCGACACCUCACAGACCGACCCCACCCUCCAGUCAAACGACCCAUCAACUGGAUGCGCUGGAUCUCCACCAUCACCAUUAUCCUUGGUCUUGGAACUGUUAUUGUCACUGCCUCGCCUUACAUCCUGCCUAUUAUCCAGAACCGCAACCUUUGGGCUGCUGUCAGCUUGAUCGCCAUCCUCCUCUUCACCAGCGGACACAUGUUCAACCACAUUCGCAAGGUUCCCUACGUUGCCGGGGAUGGGCGCGGAGGCAUCAGCUAUUUUGCUGGCGGCUUCCAAAACCAGUAUGGAUUGGAAACCCAGAUCGUUGCUGCAAUCUACGGUGUUCUGGCUUUCUGUGCUAUCUCUUUGAGCGUCAAGGUGCCUCGCAUCGGUGACUCGAAGACGCAGCAGGUCGCCGUCUUGGCUUGGGGAGGUGUCAUGUUCCUUAUGUACAGCUUCCUCCUCAGCGUCUUCCGUAUCAAGAACGGUGGCUACCCCUUCUCCCUGCCCCCUUUUAUGUAG